AUGUUCCGUUUGCUUUAUGUACUUAAUCUAAUUGGCACACCGGUACUUUAUGCAAAGAGCGUUUUGAAAACUGCAUUCAAGUUUGUUUGUGGGGAAUAUUCGGAUCCUAGUGAAAAUUCCGAAAAAGACGAGACAUUAUGUGAUGAAUUCUCUGCGUCUGUAGAUAAUCUUUUUCAUUUGUUUCCUGAGAUAUCAAAUUUUGUCACUGGAACAGCAAAUGAUCUUUUCAGAACAUUUCAUGAUUUUUCUCUGGAGACUGGUAUACCUGCAGCUGCAGUGCUAAUGUCACAAAGAAAGGAAUGUAGGAGAUGUGGAAAACCCCUACAAAUAGACCAAAAUUGGAAAUCCAUUGUCGUGUAUCACCUUACUCGUGGGACCUAUCUUGGUUGUCGUCUUUCGAAGAAGUGUUCUAAGUGCAAAGUAUAUGAACAUUAUGGUUUUUUUACUGAAAAUGGCCAAAGAACGUUUGAUUCAGAUUGCUUAAACAACGAGUUUCUGAUGAGCACAGACGAGACGGCGAUAGAUAUGAUGUUACUUAAAUAUGUAAAUGAGGAUAUCAUUCAGGGAGCUGUUUCAUUUUUACUAAAGUCUAAAGUUUACAACACUGUUCACGGGUAUUCUCACACAGUCAACGAAAACACAACAAGCGAACCACCAGUCCUUAACAGUAGCCAGGAGGCGAAGAAGAGGUAUUUAUCAAAUGCAUUAAUUAUCAAUUAUUUUAGUUGGUAUAUCAGGUAAUUGUUAAAUCAUGAUUACACGAGUUACUACAAUAUUAUUCGGAAAUCUUAUUAGUGUAUACUACAUGCAUGUAUACAUUUAUUUCGGCAUGAAGAGAUUGUAUAUUGAUGUUAAAUGUGCAUUUGUUAAGUGUACCAAACAGUUAGAAUAAUCUAUAUUUCGUUUUGCCUUUGAGGGAAUUUUCUUUCAUAUAUUCAUUCAUUACACUUUUUUUCCAAAAUAGGAAGUUCUGCAGAAGUAUGGAUAUGAAGAGCAAAAUAGCCGGUAGAUUGUGUUUGGAUAGACGUCGUCUGGAAGAAGCCUUCUUACUUUAUGCUAUUUUGAAAACUCAUUUCAAAUACGACCUAGGACUCCGUCAUAUUAAUCAUGAUCGAAAUGACUUAUUGCGCAAUGUAGUUGACACAUUUAAAGAGAAAUUUGAGUCAAAAUGGACUGGUGAGUAUGUACUAUAUGUUGUUUCUAAGGCCGCACACAUGCAUUGAUACAUGCACAGUCCACAAUUUUAGCCGGCCGAUUUCUGUCUUAAGUCUAUGCAUGGUAUUUAACAGUGAGCUUGUCCGAUGAUACAUAUUUUCUUGUUUUAACCUUCCACAUAUUGUCUGACUAAUGUCGUAGCAUAUAAUUAUGCGCGCAAUAUAAAUUUAGAUACCUUUUACUCAACAGGCCACAAAUGCGAACAAAAAGGGUGUGGUACCGUUCUAGUGGCAGAUGGCAACAUGAAAAAUGCACGUACAGUUUGUAGUGUCAAAAACGUUGGUCAAUUAAUAUUUGAAGGAAUAGGAAGCGUUGCAGUUGGUAAGUUUUUUUCAAACAUACUAUGAUUCGCUUCCAACAUCAUACAAUAAUUACAUUAAAGAAGCUGGGACACUACAACAGAUUAACAAUUACAGUUUACACGAGCAGGAGGGUAUCAUCGGAUAGUUUUAUACAAUUUAUGGAUAUGAUAAUGUGAUAUAAUAUGUGCUGCGACAUUCAGAAGCAAGGAAUGUGUUUGUAUGUUCAUCAGAAUGAAUUAGGAAUAGAUUUGUAAGUUCGCCAAAAAGAAUUGGUCACUGGCAGUGUAAAGAGCUGAGGAAGCAUAUUAAACACUAUACAUGUACGGCGGCGUGUUCCAGUGAAAGCAUGAUGUUUCUAUUUGCGAUUCACAGACACCAUGUCCAUGUCUAGCUAUUAGUCCUAUGAUAAAUUGUACGUGAAUGUUCAUGUCUCUUAAAGCGCACUGCAUGUCAAUAACCUACUUCAAGUAAGAAUGUAUAUGGAAGAGGUUAAUAUGUCAAUGAACACAAGAUUAUAGCCCCUAAAAGAUUUAUACACACGUUCAAGACCCUUCCGUUUCUUUCGAAUUUUGAUGUCAUCAUGUAUGAAUUUUUAUCGAUCACUAUGCAGAAGUAAAUUCAAACGCCUUUUUUUUCAUUUAAGAUUCAAAUUACGAUGCUUAUUUGAUCUGUGUUUUGGUUAUAUAUGAUACUAAUAACCUUAAUACACAUACUAAAUACAUAUUUUUGCUUAGUAUUCAACUCGCACUGAGUCACGGCUAAAGUUCGAUCAAAUCACAUGUGCUGCCGAAAUUGUUAUAAAUAUAUGUAUAUUCUAUUUUUGUUAUCUUUAAGGUUGCCAGAACUCACCAGCCUUUCAGAGUAGGGUUUGCGUAGAUCAUCAACGAACAGCGCGUUCAUAUGUUAAUGAAGACGAAUGUUCCUUAACGUCUCAGAAUGUCCAAGAUUCACCCGAGGAAUAUUUGGCAAUUCAAAAAAUCUUGAAUAGCAGAAGUACUAGACAGGGUCGACUUCACGAGGUAAUUGCGUACGGUACGCUAAUCUGCAUCGUGUGUAUAUAUGCAUAUAUCGCGGGUGACGCAAAAAUGUUCCCCCUCCUUGACUUAUUGUAAUUAAAGAAGUAAAGAAGCCAUCUUAUUGAAAUAAAAUAUAUAGUGAACGCAGCAAUGGGGUGUAAUUCAGAUUUUGAUGUGCGCUUUGCACAUUUCUAUAAAAUAUUAGCCAAGAUAUAGGCGUUUAAAUCCAAGAUAGUAUUUUUGUGAGGAGGGGAAAAUGACCAUUUUAUUAUACCAUACCGAAAUUAAUAGCCCAUUUUAGACCCGAUUUUCCGCUUCUUCCAAAAUCGCUACCUCGGUAGUGUAAACGCCUAUAUUUUGGCUAAUAUUUUAUAGAAAUGUACAAGGCAUAUAUCAAAGUUUUACUUUAAAUUAUUUUAUUUUUAUAAGGUAGAUUAGUUUUUAAUCUAUGAGAAAUGGAUCAUGCAUGCACAAAUUACCAGGGGAUUGGCAUGGGCGUAUGUACGGAAAGGAAAAAAUUAUGGGGCUGAAAGAAAUUUGCUCAACUUUUUCGGAUUGUGCCCGAGUUGUCAAAAAAAAAAUUCCGUAGAAACUUUCCGAAAAUGUUGUCGACGGGGGAGGGAGUAGUGAUUACGAAAAAAUCCUAUUAGAUAGCAUAUUUUUCACAAAAUUGACAGUAUUUCCCACAAAAUUGUCAGAAUUUCCCACAAAAUUGACAGAAUUUCCCACAAACUUGACAGAAUUUGUCCCAUUUAUUUUCAUAUAAUAAGCCAAUAUUGCCCGACUGUGAAGCGAAUAUUGCCCGACUGUGAAGCGAAUAUUGCCCGACUGGCUUUGUUUGCCCAACAAACUGGUGGGCUGCCGCCCCCUCCGCCCCCCGCCAGGUACGCCCAUGGGGAUUGGCACUAUAGUUAAUAAUUCAAAUAGCUUAUUUAUUGUGUCAUUUCUUAAUUAUAGGUUAAAUGGUCCGAUGGUAAAGUGUCAUGGGUACGAGAAGCCAGCCUUCCUCCAGCGGUUAAAGAAGCGAUUGAUUCCAAAGUAACUAUUUUAAAAGCUACACCAGUCAGAGAGUUUGGAGUUUCGCGUUUAGUAUUGUGCGAGGGGAACGCAACACAAAAAAAUGAAGACAUUCUGUUAACUAA